GAAUUUUCAAGUUUUAACCAACAUACUUUGUUCUUUUAGCUUGUAAACAGGUUGUUAACCACAGGACCUAAUGAUCCAUGGAUUCUAGACGCUGAAGCCAGUUGAGUGAAGCUCCCCUUGAGCCAGCAACCAUUUGAACUAUUUGAACCGCGGGUAUUGUGACACAUGACGCUUCUUCCGAUGGAAAAUGGAGAAAGCAUCCUCUGUGCUCUAAAAUGUUUCGAGCAGGAAAAGCCGUCAGUCAUACCACCAAUACUUGAGGAAUACAUAAGACAAAUAUCAAAGAAUGGACAAACAAGGUUACCGUGGAUUUAUGUGAAGCCAUUGUUGUUGCAAAAAUACAACAAAGUUGUUGAUUCGUUUAUUUCGGAGGAGAGUGGUCUUGAUUAUCCACCAAUUGUCACUCCUCCUCAUUUAGAAGAACUCCGACAACGAGUGUUUAGUACACUCAAAAGGCUUGAUGGAAUACCGUUCACUAUUCAAAGAAUAUGUGAACUCUUUGACACUCCUACCCGUCAUUACCAGAGGGUUGAUAAGUUCCUUCGUGGUCUGGAAAAGGUCUGUAUGGUGGUGUCUACAGUUGACCCAUAUGGAAAUAAAAUUCAUCAGGAAGAUCCUCGAUUCCCAAGUCGUGCUGGUUUGGACGAAUAUGAAUUAAUGGACAGCUCCAUUACUUCGCCACCUAACUCUCCAUCAGCUGACAAUCUUCAAAUACACCAUGCUUCUAAGUCUUCUGAUGAAGAGGCCACUGAAGAAGAAGAAGAUGAUGAGGGUGAGGACAACAGCAGUGAUGCAAGUGAUGAACGACAGUCACCAAAAUCUGAACACAACUUAAGUUCAACUCCACUAAUGAGCACCUCCUGUGCAAGCUCCUGGUUAUUCAAAGCCCAGGGUCCAUUGAAUCUUCCCCAUACUCCCCCAAUACCAUCUCGUAAUUCUACACCCAAAAUCAGGUUGACGGAUCAAUCUUUGACUGGUGCUCCUUUACUAGGUAGCUUGUGUGGUAGUUUACUUACUGCAUACUCGAAUAACGAUGAAGAGGACUAUGAACAACUCAGUCGUUCGACCGAAAAGAAUCCUACUAGUUCUGAUGUACAAGUUAAUUCUUGUCGCGUACUAUCUGUUACAUCAAAAUUAAGCUCCGAGUCAUCUGAAUGUUCAAAUGGUCUACAUGUAGGAUCGACUUUGCAAGUGGAAUCAGCAUCAACUGCGACUCACGAACAUCUAAUUGUUGAAGAUCAAACUAAUGAUAAUUCAUUGUCAUGGGGUGAAGGAAGUAAAAUCCCGAUUCUCAGUAUGAAAAACAUGGAAGACUUAAAUCCUCAAUGUGAAAAUAAACCGGACAAAAUGUUCAUAGAUAGUAUCGUGGAUGCGGUUCCUCAAAACGACCCUCCUAUCAAGGGACUGUCGCUCGACACAUCGGAUAUUGAAAAUAGUUCUCCUGUCAGUCAGAUCCUUAGACCUAUUGGUCAACUGGAAGCGUUUGUACAAAAUUUAAAUUCUGAGGUUUCUGGCUCAGCAACUAAUACUGUGCCAUCUCACAGUGGGUCUUCAAUAUCUGCCAUUGAUGCAUCAGCACAUUUGAAUUUCGCGGCAUCUGGGGAUGAUCUGCAUCAGGGUUCAACUCCUUCAGCGUCCAGUAGCACACUGUCGCCUACUUUUGCUGGUGUUAGGCGUCCACGUUCACCAGAUAUGGAUCUGAAUGGUAAUACAGAUAUCUCAGCUAAUAGGGAUGCAGAUUUAUCUGAAAGUCCUGCUAAAAGACGUAGACUUCUGUCUUCAGACUUAAAUGAAGCAAUAGAAACUAUAAACGAAUCAUUGGUUGGAUAUACUGCUCAGGUUCCAGUUCCAUCAUCGUUGGCUUUAAAUGAUUCUCCACCUAUAAUUAUGUGUAACCCUAUAAGUCAAGCUCGUGAUAUGGAUUCUGGUGAAUGUGUUUUUGAAACAGAAGAGAAACUUGUUACUGAACAAUCCGAUGUACACUCAGUUUCAUCUAGCGACAGGACUGACUUACUAACAGUGAUAAGCAUCAGUAGUGCGCAGAAUUCUGAGGUGAAUUCCGAAUCUGUUGAAGUGAGUGAAGCUACUUCUCUGGUUAACGAGAAUACCGAGUUGUCGAUCUCAAACUCAGCGAAUAUUGAUUCAGAAACAGGAGAAGAAGAGCCUUAAUUAUUCUCUCAUCAUAAACAUCGUUUAAGUUUUUAUGUGAAGCUCUAUGCUCCGAAAAAAUAUUAUCGUUAUGCCAUAAUUGUCUGUAUCUAACGUUUUCUUACUGUUAUAAAACUUGGAGAGCUGUUUACUAUCUUCAAAUUAUUCUAUUGUAAUCAUGAUCUUCACUAUUAUUAACUCCAUUAAAAGAGUUCAAUAUUAUAUGUGAUCCUUGAAUUUGUAUCGGUUCUAUACAAUCAUAUUUACUGAUUGCUUUUAGCAACAUAAAUAAAUCCUGAUGUUUUCGUGUAAAUUGGGAUUUCUCGAAUAGCCUAGUUGUAGAACUGUAAUUCUGUGACAUAAUUCAUACUUGAAGGAAUAUCCUAGGUAAGUAUUUAAGAAGUUAUGGGAUUGAUGUUCAUGUAAUUGGAUAUGAACCUUAUUUGAACUGAAUAGAUUAACUUCUUUUUUAUC